AAAUAUUACAAAUGUUUUAUUGUCCACACGUUGAUUUAAUAGUUAAACAAGGAUCUCCCUUAGCUAAAAUUGGUUCUUCUUCUUUCAAGAAACAAAUAAUCAAUGGUACUUUACAUUGCAACUCUUGUGAUAUAAAAACUCCAAGAAUAUGGAUUUGUUUAAAUAGUAAUUGUCGUGUGAUAGUUUGUAAGAGAAACUCUCCUACAGGACAUUUGCAUGCUCAUGUUGAAGGAUAUCAUAAGGUUAGAAAAGCAAUAUGGUGUCAAGCUUGUAAUGUAGAAUUGAAUCCCUUUGAAAAGAAUUUCUUAUCAUUGGAAACGCAAAAAUUCUUAAAAACCAUUGUUAGAUGUUUGCAAGUCAAAAAACAUAAAUCACAUCAAAGUUUUAAUAAUCUAGCAAUUGAUGUUCCUGGUCUCGUUGGAUUAAAAAAUUUGGGAAAUACCUGCUAUGCAAGUUAUUGUGAAUCAUAUAUACCAAAAUUUCAUACUAGUACAAGAUUGCAUGGAUAUAAAUUAGCUGAAAGGUUUCACAGGUUUUUUAGAUCAAUGUGGAAUGGUAACAGUGCAUUAUAUUCUCCAAAUGAUUUAAUUGACGAGAUAAAAAAUUACAAUGAAGCUUUUCGAGGUUAUGGACAACAGGACUCUCAAGAAUUUCUUCGUUGUGUACUGGAUAUACUUCAUGAAGAACUUCCUUACCCACAAAAUACUAUAUCAAAUAAUCAAAUAAAUGAAAAUACAAACAACAACAACAACAACCAGAUAGCAAAAUCAUCAAGUUAUGCUAGAAGCAACAAUAGUCAUAAUUAUAAUAGUACCAAUGAUGUAUAUGAGUCAUCAUCUUCUGCUUUGACCACAACAAAUAAUUUUUCUGAUAUUGUUGAUAACCACUCACUUUCUACAAGUGUUAUAAGUAAUAUUUUUCAAGGGUUGCUUGAGAGCAAAAUUAGAUGUUUAAAAUGCAAAAAGGAUUAUUUCAAGGAAGAUCGAUUUUAUGAUUUAUCAAUUCAAAUAAAUAAAAAAUAUAAAUUAAGAAAUAUUGAUGGUAUUAAUUCUAGUACUUUAUCUAUGGGAUUAUUUGUUGGUACAUUAAAAAAAUCUCUUGGAAUUGGUGGUCAUACUGCAAGCCUUCAUGAUUGUCUAGCAGAAUUUUGUGCAACUGAAAAUCUUGCAGGCAAAGAUAAAUAUCGAUGUGAACAGUGUAAAUCAUUGAAUGAUUGUCAGAAAACACUUAGGAUUACUCAAUUACCUGAGAUUCUUUGUAUUCAACUGAAAAGAUUUCACUUUGACCCAUAUUUUUCAUCAAAAAUUGCAACACAAGUCCAAUUUCCAAUGGAAAAUUUGGACAUGAGACCAUAUUGUAAGGAAUCAAUAUCAAAGAAAAAUUGUGAUAGUCCAGGUAUUAGUGAAAAACAAGAAUCAUUAAAAGUUACUAAAUAUGAUUUAUAUGCAUUAAUUCAUCAUCGUGGUGGCUUAUCUGGUGGUCAUUAUAUUGCUUAUGCCAAAAAUCCCAUUGAUGGGAAUUGGUAUGAAUUUGAUGAUAUGUUUGUCACUAAAAAAUCUGCUGAUGAGAUAAUGAAGAUCGAAGCUUAUAUAUUGUUCUAUAGUAAAAAAAAUCCUGAAAAAAAUCAAGAGAGAGUCUUAAUUCAGAAUCUAAUAAGGAAUAAUUCUGAAAUUUCUGAAAAUGGAACACACUGUUGGGUUUCAAGAUUAUGGUUUAAUAGAUGGCAAUUUAUGAUGACAGUAAGUUGA